UUUCUACUAAUAGAGAGUAAAUAUAAAUAUUUCUCAAAUAUAAAACAGCAAACAAUGCGUCCAACAAUACAAGCGUUUCUUUCAUAGAUAAAUAAGGAAAAGUUCGUCAUACUUGAUAAGUUAAAAGUUAAAAGGGUACCGUUGUGAAUCAGGGAUGCUCCUCUUUAAACGGAAGGUCACUUGAAACUACAUUUACAGUCUCUUAAAAAUGACUGCUUGCAAGCUGCAAAUAGUCAUUUCAUUUCUACCAGUUUUCUCUGCUAAGACGACAUUUUUAACAUUCUUAGAGACAAAUGUUGAUUACGAAGGAGAGUGUUCUGAUUUUAUUUUUAUUCCAUUUAACUCUUAUAACAGAUGCUUGUACAACCAAUCAUAAAUUUGGAGGUCCCUGUAUUUUCCCGUAUAGGUUUAAGGGAGAGAUAUUUUUCACGUGUACUGUUCAAUUUAAUAAAGAGGAAGGAGUUGUUCCAAUGUGUCCUUUAGUUGUAGACUUAGUAUCCCUGGAACCAUCAAACCAGGUGAAAGAUUGGGGAAAAUGUAACAAGGAUUGUCCGAUGAGAAGAUAUCUGAGUAACAGAGAUAUCCAGGAUAUCAUUUCGAACCUUGCUUUAUCCAAUCCAACCUUAGCUCAGACAUACAACCUAACACACAGGUCAGUGCUUGGUGAGGACCUGGUUGCAAUAAGGCUGACUGCCAAUGCUGAUAAACCUAGACCUUUGCUUAAACCAUUGGUUCGAUUGAGCGCCAACAUGCAUGGCAACGAAGUUGUCGGUCGAGAAAUACUAGUUGAGCUAGCUAAGCUACUAGUUCAUGGAUAUAGCUUAGAUACUAGGAUUAGGAAUAUAAUGGAUAAUGUGGAGGUUCACCUACUUCCUACCAUGAACCCAGAUGGUUUUAACAGAGCAACCAUUGGGUCGUGUGGUGGUCAGGAUUUUCUAUCUGGAAGAUGGAAUGAAAAUAAGAUUGAUCUGAACAGAAACUUCCCUUCAUGGUUUCAGCUUCAACUAAACAAGAGUAUUCAGCAGAUAUUAGAGACAAAGGAACCCGAAGUUAGAGCAGUUGCAAAUUGGAUUCUCUCAGAAUCCUGGAUUUUAGGAGCAAACUUUCAUGAUGGAGCCGUUCUUGCAACUUUUCCUUGGGACUUCUAUAAGGGAGAUCAGAGAAUAGGAGACCAUAUAACUGAAGACGAUGAAGUGAAUAGAUACAUAACUGGUGAAUAUGCUGAUAAACAUUUAACCAUGACUAAUGGAUCCGCCUGUGCCAAAUAUAGUUAUCUGGGACCUACGGCUAAUGGGGCGGCUUGGUAUCCUAAAAAUGGAACUUUAAAGGAUUUUGGAUAUAUAGUUGGAUCAGGCCUGGAGUAUGUAUUUGAACUCUCCUGCUGUAAGUUUCCCUCUACUUACUUUCUACCAAGAGAGUUUGAGAACAACAGAGAGAGCUUACUCGGAUUUCUAGAGAUUGCUCUGACCGGAGUUCGAGGUCAGCUUCUGGAUACUAAAGGUCAACCUGUACCUGGAGCAAAUAUUGACUUCACCAAGAAUGAAAAACUUGGUGGAAAGCCGGUAACCUCUAAUGGUAGAGGAGAAUUCUGGAAAAUAUUAGUACCUGGAAAGUACAGCGUAUUGGCAGAAUCGGAAAACUGUUUCAAGUCUGAUGUUUUAACAAUAGAUGUCACUAGUAGUUCAGUUAAAACAGUUGAAUUAGUUUUGAAAAAAUUACCUAACUGCUUGUAAACUGUAAUGUGGGAGUUUAUAUAUUUCUUAAUUCUCUCGGAAAAUACUAAUCCGUUUCUUUUCUGGUUUUGCAGAUUAAGUUAAUUCCUUUCGGGUAUCUCCUUAGAAUCGACCAUUUACAAGCAAUAUUUAAAUUUUUAUCUUCAUCAUUGAGAUCUAUUUAAUCCUCAAAUUAAAUACUUUUAAUCCCUUUUAAAAUAUAAGUUUCUGCAUGAUGGAUAUUAAGUUCAGACGUUGAACUUCUUAUUCAACAGUUUAGACCUCGGUUCUUUUUACUUUUAUAAUUGUGAUGAUUUAGAUUAAAUCAUAAAAUAAUUACUGUUAUAGUGUUGACGUGUAACAGAUUAUACUUUGACAUUUUUAUGUGUUUACUUAAGAAAAAAAAAUAUAAAACAAUA